GCCAACAUCGAGGAGACGUGUAACACUGUGAUUGAGUUAACUUCCAGGCUGAGGCUUACGUAAUCUACAAAACUUUCAUUUCCAAUUCAGAGUUCGGAGCGCCAUAACCCAAUAUCAUUUCAGUGUUUAAACUAUACACGGUGAAACAAUGGCAUCAUUUUCAUGUUUCUCGGACAUGUGCCAACAGGGAUUGCAGUUUUGCGAGGAGCAGUCUCAGAGAUGUAGAAGUUGUAUCGACUUUGCAGAGGAUUGUUUUAAAAACAACAGACACAUUUCAAACUGUUCCGAGUACUGUUUGGACACAUUGACAAAAAAUAUUUCGGAAACUGAUAGAACAAUACUGAACUGUUCCACUUCAGAUGGUUCCAGAUGGUUACCAGAAGAACAUCAUCUCUUGAUUGAAUCAAUUCUAACUUGCAUUAUCGUGACUGGCGUAGCAUUUUGUCUUCUCUGCAAGUUCCAAUUGUUGCCUGACUUUAUUCGGAAUAUAUAUGCCAUUCAAAAAGAAAAAGGCACUGGCAAAGUAAUUCCUGUUAUGGAUAAAAACCUUGAGAUAAAUAUGAAACAACCGUUAAUGUGUGAUCAAAAAGAACAGGAAACAAAUAGCCACGAAGAAAAGUUAAAGGAGGUACUUGUUGUGAAUGGUGAAUGUGGAUUUGACCAACUUAAACAGAUACCCAAUGCAAGGAAAGACGACCCUUCAUUGUGUUUAAGUGGAUGUAGAUUUGAUCCGACCACAACAUAAAAUGUCAUACUAAACAGGUAUACUGCUUUGUGGAGGAAUGGAACUUUCACCAAUCAAUGAAAUAACGUGACGAGCUCAUAAAAGAAUAUCAGAAUCAGAAAGGGUAGACACUCUCUUUUGUCAUUUCUUCCGAAUAUUGUGUGUGGAUUCAGGAUGCAAGAUGCAGUUU